UGCGCCGAAGUAAAUCACUGAAAACUGUUUAUGAACUGGCAUCUCUUCUUGGAAAUGUAAAGCGAGAACUCUAUAAGUGGCGAUUUUUUUAGGGGGGGGGGAAGCAAGAAUUCAAUAUCAUGCAGGCUUAGAGUUUUGAUUAUAUCCUCCUUUUAUAUUCCUGGAAACCACAAACUGUUGUUGCUUAGCAUCUUAGCUCUUUCUGCGCUAAUAGAUUCCCGUGGUUUAAAAAAAAAUUAAAAUGAGCUCUUAUUUUGUCAACUCACUGUUCUCCAAAUACAAAACCGGGGACUCUCUGCGCCCCAACUACUAUGACUGUGGCUUUGCUCAGGAUCUUGGAGGUAGACCCACAGUUGUGUAUGGACCCAGCACUGGUGGUACCUUCCAGCAUCCGACCCAAAUUCAGGAGUUUUACCACGGAGCAUCCUCUCUCUCCAGCUCCCCUUACCAACAGAAUCCCUGCGCUGUAGCGUGCCAUGGGGACCCAAGCAACUUCUAUGGAUACGACCCAUUGCAAAGACAAAGCCUGUUCGGUGCACAGGAAUCGGACCUGGUGCAGUACACGGAUUGCAAGCUAGCUUCCAGCGGCCUGGGGGAAGAGGCGGAGAAUUCAGAACAGAGUCCUUCUCCUACACAGCUUUUCCCUUGGAUGCGACCGCAAGCAGCCGCUGGACGCAGAAGGGGGCGGCAGACCUACAGCCGUUACCAAACCCUGGAGCUGGAGAAGGAAUUUCUCUUUAAUCCCUACCUGACCCGCAAGCGGAGGAUCGAGGUGUCGCACGCCCUGGGACUGACAGAAAGGCAGGUCAAAAUCUGGUUCCAGAACAGAAGGAUGAAAUGGAAAAAGGAAAACAACAAAGACAAGUUUCCCAGCAGCAAAUGCGAGCAGGAAGAACUGGAAAAACAGAAAAUGGAAAGAGCCCAGGAGGUGGACGAGGAAGGGGACGGACAGAAGGGGGACAAGAAAUAA